AUGGCCACCCCUACCGUGUCUACUCCGGUGAAAACCCACCAUGGCAUCUUUUCAAGCAAAACGGCCGGAGGCCGCAUGCCUUUGACACCAUCCCCCCGUACCCGAGCAGGAAGCAUGACGUCAAACCAUUCGUCUCCGUUUACGCCGCCUCGCCAGCCCACGGAGACUGGAAAAGAUCAUAGCCGACCUGUCUACGGCGGUAACCUUUCCUCCCUCUUCGCCAAGUCCAUGCCCAAGGCUUCCCGAACAACUUACCGCGAGUCGCCAAAGUCUAACAUUGCUCGCACCCGGAAGUCUCCCCGACACUUGGAACUGGGCGUUUCUGAUUGGUCUUUGACCGGUACUGGACCAUCUUCUUCCCAGACUCCGUCCAAGGAGCGUCUGCGGAAAGAUAUCUCCACUCGGACAAGAUCCGGAAAGACUACCGUCCGCAUUGCACACAACGCCGCAGAUCGGUUCAUUCCCAACCGUACUGCAAGCGAAGGGCUAGCCACGGCAGGCACAGCCAAACCUGAAGAGAGCCACAGGCCGAAAACGAGCGGCAAUGAGGGUUCUUCCGUUCUCGCCAGCGCGGCUAGCGCGUUUGACAUUGGGGGCCGAGGAUCCGACGAAGACCUCACUGCAGCUCUUGAGAACCUCGGGUUGGAUGAGACCGAGACUUCGACAACCUCGUAUACCAGACCGGCACCGGACGCAGUUGCAUAUGAAUCAUCCCUUGCCAAUGCAUGUGGUGUGAAUCUCAACACUCGGAUUCUUGCCUUCAAGCCGCCACCCCCAGAAUCUUCCAAGCCCAUCGAUCUGAGAGCUCAGUACAACCGUCCUCUGAGACCCUCCAAAUCCCAGUCGGCUCAGUUCCGGAGACGAGUUCAGACGGCCCCUGAGCGUGUCCUGGAUGCACCUGGAUUGCUUGACGACUACUACCUGAACCUUCUGGACUGGAGCUCUGGUAACCAAGUCGCCAUCGGUUUGGAGCGCAAUGUUUACGUCUGGUCGGCCGACUCGGGGUCCGUGGACUGCUUGCUGGAGACUUCUCCCGAUACGUAUGUGAGCAGUGUCAAAUGGAGUGGUGACGGGGCCUAUGUCGGUGUUGGCCUUGGAACCGGUGAGGUUCAAAUCUGGGAUGUCGAAGAAGGCACCAAGCUCCGAAGUAUGUUUGGCCAUGACUCGCGUGUUGGUGUUAUGGGGUGGUCGAAACACACGUUGUCCACCGGUGCGCGUAGCGGCCUCGUUUUCAACCAUGACGUACGAAUUGCUCAACACAAAGUGGCUGAGCUCGUUUCGCACACUUCGGAAGUUUGCGGUCUGGAGUGGAGGCCCGAUGGCGCGCAGCUUGCUACCGGUGGCAAUGACAACCUGGUCAACAUCUGGGAUGCUCGUUCGCUCAGUGCACCCAAGUUUACCAAGACCAACCACCGCGCCGCUGUUAAAGCCCUCAGCUGGUGCCCCUGGCAACUGAACUUGCUCGCUACUGGCGGUGGUUCGUACGAUCGCCACAUCCACUUCUGGAACACGACCACCGGUGCGCGGACCAACAGCAUUGACACCGGCUCUCAAGUCACGAGCUUGCGGUGGAGCAACCAUUACCGCGAGAUCGUCAGCUCCAGCGGAUUCCCUGACAACUCUCUGAGUAUCUGGAGCUACCCAACGCUGGUGCGCAACGUCGAGAUUCCAGCGCAUGAGACUCGUGUUUUGCACAGCUGUCUGAGCCCCGACGGUCAGCUUCUGGCCACCGCCGCGGCCGACGAGAGCUUGAAGUUCUGGAAGGUCUUUGAACGCAAGGCCGGGACCAGUGCCUCGGCUUCUCGCGAAGGUGGUGUCGGCAGUAAAGCACAGAUGACCAAGUCGAUGACCAUCCGGUAG